UUUUAAAAUUUACCAAAAAAAAUAGUGAGCUCCCGCCGUCUGCUCUCGAUGCCACUCAGCUUUUCCAAUCCUCCUUUCCCAUUAUUCAGUUUUGAAUUUUAGGAUUUGUAACUGACAUUACACUGUAAAUCCAGCAUUUUUUCUCCCAAAUUUGGUGAAAUUAUGCUACACGAACUGUUACUGGCGCUUCUGGGUUACACCGGAGAUCUUAUAAUUGAUGAAAGGGAACGCCAAGAAUCGCUUCGAGUUAAUUUAUCCCCAGACGCGCCGCUUGCCGAAGAAUCCACCUUCAAACUCGCUCCCGAUCUGUCCUUCAUCCAGCCCAGCGAUAAGGAAGUUAUUGAGAGAAUAAUCACGCUAGGGUUUAUUUACAGAGAGUUGGACCGUUUUGCUUCCAAGUGUCGAAAUUUAAGUUGGAUUAAGUCUUUGAAAGACUCACCAUUGUUGAGUAAUGCUGAAAUAUUGAAACAUAAAAAGUUGAAGCAGAGUGUUUACCGAAGGGCUGUUGCGAAUGGGAUUGUGGAGGUGCUGUCACUGUACAGAUCUGCUGUUUUACAUAUUGAGCAGAAAUUGUUGGCUGAUUCUCUUCCCAUCCUGGCCUCUGUGACGCAAGGACUCAACAAGUUCUUUGUUCUGUUACCACCGCUUUACGAGCUCAUUCUGGAGAUUGAACGUGAUGGUAUAUGUGGUGGGAGACUUCUCAAUAUUUUGCACAAACGAUGUCAUUGUGGAGUUCCCGAAUUGCAGACAUGCAUCCAGCGGCUUCUAUGGCAUGGACAUCAGGUCAUGUACAAUCAACUUGCAUCUUGGAUGGUUUAUGGGAUUCUUCACGACCAGCAUGGAGAAUUUUUCAUUAGCAGGCAAGAGGAUAGAGAUUCAGAACAUGACUCACCUUCAGACUCACUUGAGAAGUUGGCUCGCAUGUCAACCGAAGACAUAUCUCUAACUGAUUGGCACUUGGGAUUCCAUAUCUCACUGGAUAUGCUUCCAGAAUACAUUCCAAUGCAGGUUGCUGAAUCCAUUCUGUUUGCUGGGAAAGCUAUCAGGGUUCUUAGAAAUCCAAGUCCAACCUUCAAGUUUCAUGAUGCACCAUCUCAUCAGCAGAUUCCUAGAGGAUCACAAAAGAUACAAGGAUUUAAUGGACGUUUUUCUUUCCAAAGGGACUCUUCUGUCUGUACCACGUUGAUUGCUGAAGAGUUACUUCCACAAUCUGAGGCUGACAAGAUUGAGUCUAUGCUUCAAGACUUGAAGGAGUCAUCCGAAUUCCAUAAGAGAUCAUUUGAGACUGCUGUUGCCUCAGUAAAAGCAAUUGCAGCAAGUCAUCUUUGGCAGCUUGUGGUUGUACGUGCUGACUUGAAUGGCCACUUGAAGGCUCUUAAAGAUUAUUUUCUCUUAGCAAAAGGCGAUUUUUUUCAGAGUUUUCUCGAGGAGAGUCGGCAGCUUAUGCGUUUACCACCUCGCCAGUCAACUGCUGAAGCCGAUCUGAUGGUUCCUUUUCAACAGGCUGCUAUAAAGACUAUUGGUGAAGAAGACAGAUACUUUUCAAGAGUGUCUCUGCGGAUGCGUGGAAUCAUGAUUAAAUCCUCCCAAGUCGAGUUGCCGAAAGUAAAAGCUUAUUCUGAAGGUGACUUUAGUGUCCAAUCAGAUACUUCCUUAGAGAUGUCCCUUGAUGGCUGGGAUGGCAUUGCUCUUGAAUAUUCUAUUGACUGGCCCUUGCAAUUAUUCUUUACGCAGGAAGUGCUCUCUAAGUAUCUUAGGAUAUUCCAGUAUUUACUCCGACUUAAGCGGACACAGAUGGAAUUGGAAAAGUCAUGGGCUUCUGCAAUGCAACAAGAUCACUCUGAUUUUGCCAAACGUCAUAUUGAUCGAAAGAACAGUUCAAUCUCUCCACAGAGACGGCAGCGGUUUAGACCAAUGUGGCGUGUUAGAGAACAUAUGGCCUUCCUGAUCAGAAAUCUUCAAUUUUAUAUCCAGGUGGACGUAAUAGAAUCUCAGUGGAAUGUUUUGCAAGGUCACAUCCAAAAUUCUCAUGAUUUUACAGAACUGGUUGACUACCAUCAAGAGUACUUAUCUGCAUUAAUUUCACAAUCUUUCUUGGACAUUGGUUCUGUGUCUCGGAUUCUGGACGGCAUUAUGAAGCUUUGCUUGCAAUUUUGCUGGAAGAUUGAGAACCAAGAAAGCAGUGAAAGUACUGCUGAACUGGAGCGCAUAGCUGAGGAAUUCAACAAGAAUUCAAAUUCGUUAUAUACCAUACUCCGCAGUAGCAGGAUUGCUGGGAGUCAGAGAGCCCCAUUUCUUAGGCGCUUUCUUUUGCGUCUCAACUUCAACUCUUUCUUUGAGACAACUGCUAGAGGGGUGCUGAAUGUUGUGAGACCUCGCCCAACACUUGCAAUUCAGCAAUGAAGACAGCAUCUAUUCUACCUACCAACUCUUGCAAGGAAAUAUCCAAGAUGGUUUUGAUUGUUAGGGUUGUGUGUAUAAACUAGGAUUUCAGGUGUGUGCUCUAGCAGCCUGUUUUGGAGAUCAAGUCAAUUUCUAGAUUAUUGCUUGAUGAUCAUGCGUGGUUGAUCAGACUGUGGAAGUCUGUUGAAGAGUUAAAAAGUAUAUGAUCCUCCUUGAUACCCAACAGGCAUCAGCGUCAAGUAUUACUCAAAAUAAAAUUUAGUUUUUUUUUUUUUAAUAUCUGUGAUAUAAUAUUUUGAUUCAUUUAUUUUUCCUAACUGGUUCAAUCCUAUUCUGAUCUUUUAACUCUUUUUGGGAACAUGCACAAGUCAAUUUUAAUA